CCUCCUUCUCCUAAACCUGACUUGUCUUCAUACGGUACGCACCAACAGUCUUCAACCACCUCCCUCUCUCCUAUCGUGAUCAAGGAAGAAACUGGUUCCUCUAUUCAAACAGCUCCCGCCACUCAUACCGCCGGGACAGUCAACUCAAGUAAACCACCUGGACGAUUAGGGCGACGGUCAGCCCGGCAACAACAGCCUCUACGUGUCUCACAUUCGGCCACCACCUCUCCAGAACGAAGCCAUGAUCACAGGGCAGACGAACAACAUACUUCUUCUGCUAGUGAAGAAAUGACCGAUUCUUUUAAUCCAUCGGGUACAGGUGGACCAAUAAACCAGAUAACCGGUAGUGCACUACUAGAUAACGAGGUCAUUUCUAGUGGCCAAGCCGCACAACCUCCAAAUGAACAUUCCGAAGCCAUAAGCGCUGAUAGCGCCCCAAUGAAGCCUCAAAAUGGAGACCAUCCUGUAUCUGAUAGAGUAGGCAUUGGAAACAUUUCCAUGGAACCGGGAGAAGAGACCUUGGCCGAGAGUGGUGGUGGUGGUGGUGGAGAAGAAGAGGUGGAAGGAGAGGAGGAAGAGGAGGAAGAAGAUGACGAUGAAGAAGAAGAGGAAGCAGACCCCACUACCCCAGGAUACUCCUCGAGGCUCUGGUGUCGUGCUCUUGCUUGUAUGUAUCUCUUGCUCCUCAUUUUUUUGUUCUAG